CUGAUUCUUUCACGGUGAAUAUAUUUCAUUUUCAUUUCUGAUUAAUUCGAGUUAGAUUCCGUAGUAUGCCUGUUAUCAUCCUUCGAUUAUUAUUUAUUACUGAAGAUGACAAUGGAGACCAACUGACAAUGUGUCAUGUGAGGAAACCAGAAUUUUAGAAGCAGUUCCUUAUUUUGAAGUACCGAUCAGCCUCAAACAUGUCUAUUGGAAGCAUACCAAGAGCUCUCAGUUUAGAAUUCUUAGACAAUAAAAAUAACAAUGAUGCGCCCAUGUCCCUCUGUCAAAAAGUCAGAUUUAUCUCCACGCAUAUCACCUUGGAACCCCUGACUUUCGUUUACGCUGUUUCAUCGAUCCUUAUACAGCUAACAACAACAAACCUGAACCUAGAAAAAGCCUGCCGUCUUCAACUCCAUUACAACACCUCCAUCUGCGACGCCAUGUGCGAAAGAGAUAAGUCUGGCUACUCGCCAGAGCAGGAAAUUGAGGUCCAAAAGCUGGUUUCUAAUAUGGCAGCUUUCAAAUCGGUAUGCACGGGUAUAUUUCCAGGACUUUUGAUGCUCUUCUUCGGCUCAUGGAGCGAUAGACAUGGCAGGAGGAAGCCUGUGAUAUUAGUACCACUCAUCGGUGAAUGCAUCACAUGUACAUGCCUGUAUUUGUGUUCUUAUUUUUUUUAUGAGCUACCCUUGAUGUUCAAUGCCUUCAGUGAAUCAAUACCUUAUUCCAUAACUGGAGGAUGGUUUUGUUUCUUCGUAGGCAGCUACAGUUAUGUUAGUGCGAUAAGUUCUCAAGAAAACAAGACUGUCCGAAUCGGAGCUUUGUCGAUGUGUAUGAGUGUUGGUCUCACUACUGGAAUUUUGCUUAGCGGUUUCCUGAUUAAACCAAUUGGUUAUAAGGCCAUUUACAUGUCAUCAUUCAUCAUGUUGUCACUAGCACUGGUUUAUUGUUUGAUGAUUGUUAGAGAUAACCAUAUCCAGGACGCAGAGCAGAAAAAUCAAAGUUUCAUCAGAGACUUUUUGGAUAUUGGACACGUGAAAAAUACUUUCAAGGUGUGUUUCAAAGAAGGAUCAGUCAAUAGAAAAAAUAAAAUGAGGAUAAUAAUGGUAUUGUCCAUGAUUAUAACGGGUCCAUUUUUUGGUGAAUAUGCUGUUUUAUACCUAUUGACAAGGUUGAAAUUCAAAUGGAACGAAGUCGAUUUCAGUUAUUUCAAUGGCCUUCAUUUCUGCGUGCAAACAUUCGGUUCUAUAUUUGCAAUGGCGUACUUCAGCAAAUACCUAAAAAUGGAUGAUGCGAUGAUUGGUUGCAUUGCUGUUGUUGGGAAGUUGUUAGCAUGCAUUAUUUAUGCUCUGGCACCAUCAGCGGUCUUUUUCUACAUGGGAGCCGUGGUUGAUGUCUUCCAUGGUACUGUCCAUAUCGUUUUGAGAUCUCUGAUGGUUAAAAUAGUUCCUGCUGAAGAAUUAGGCCAAUCGAACUCAGUUUUCGCGAUAUGUGAAGCUGCCAUGCCUUUGGUUUUCGGUCCUCUCUAUACCGCAAUUUAUAACCGCAUGUUGAACAUAUUUCCUUCGUCAUUUUUCUUCCUAUCUUCAAUCUUCUUCGGAGCAGCUCUCAUUUUGUUCGGGUACCUUUAUAGUAUCAAUAUGAAGGAGAAGAAAUUCAAUGCGGAAAUACAAAGAAAUAUAGAUCAAGAAGAGAAUCUCCUGAAAAAGGCUUGUUUCAAUGAAAUCAAGAAAUCGAUAGAGAAGUUGAAAAAUAUUUCAUAGUUCCUAUCUACAUAAUACUCGAAGACUUUCUUUACAUUUAAUAUAAAAUAAUUUUCACAUCG